UGAAACAAAACAGGUUCAAAGAGGUUCAUGUAAAUAUAAUCUUACAGUUAUGUUAAAUUUGCUUGAUCCUGUUCUGUCCCACUGCAGGGUGUGAUAUACGUUGGUACAUCAGAGGGUGUGGUGAGGGUUCCCACAUCAAACUGUUCCUUUUACUGGACAUGUGCUCAGUGUGUGCUGGCCGGAGACCCUUCUGUGGUUGGGACACUGCCAACAGGGCCUGCGUGGAGGCAUCUAACACCCAGACCAGUUUAAGCCAGGAUGUAGACAGAGGGAAUGUUGAAGAGGCAUGCAACAGUGUAACAUUACCACAUCGAGCCAGAUUCGGACCAACCAAACUGUCUGCAACAUCAUGUCCUACAGGUGAGCUGGUGUCUGUAGCUCUAAAUGAAGUGGUGCGACUGCAGUGUCCCGCGGCAUCACAGCUGUCCCAGCAGAUGUGGGAGCGUCCUAACAGCCGGCUGUCCACAGACCUGUACCUGCACCUGGGGGACGGGAGUCUAAGCUUUGUGGCCACCCCUGCCACGCUGGGCCACUACCUCUGUCUGUCCACUGAGAAUGGCUACCAGCAGACUAUGGCCAUCUAUCAUGUAAAACAGAAGAGCAGCCCAAUGGCUCAAACUCCAACCAGUUACACCCGGCCUCAGGCACAACCCAUAACCACCACUCAGACUGUGUCUAGAGGUGGACCUGGAUUGCACACCUCUGGGACUCAAAGAAAGGAAAUAAGAAAUGGAAAGAUUGAGCCAACACGGUCAAGCAGGGAAACUCAGGUCAUCACCAGGCAGCAGGGCAGGAACCUGACCAUGUGGACACAUAAAUCUGGGCAGAAGGAGGUUGGCUUUCAGGAUGGGGAGUCUCUGCAGUUGGCUCCAGGCCCCUGCUAUCUAAAGGAGCUGGUGGCUGUAUCAAUUCUGCUGGUGCUCUCCCUCAGUUUACUGAUCACCAUGCUUUUGUACGUCAUCAGACAGCGGUGCCACAGCCGAACAGCCCCGCAUGCAGGGACUCCAACCAGAGACUCAGACAGAAGGACCCCUGUGGAGCAGGAGGCCCUCAGGGGGAACCAGUCUCUGAGUAAACGCAAUGGACAAACCCUGCACAGUGGACAAGCCAGUGGUUCAGGCUGUAACGGGGCACUCACAGGCUCUAAUGGACAUUUGCCCAACACUCCCAUCUGAACAGUUCCUGAAAUUGUAGCUGUUACAGAUAAGACUAGAUGAGAGUGGGGUAGGAGGUGAGGUGGGUGGUAAUUCCAGUGGUACUUAACUGCAGACAUAUGCUUCUUCUUUGUGUCCAGAAGCUGAAAAACAGGCUGUGAUGUUCUGGAUGUUUCACUUACUAGAAGGUGAAAGCUGAUCCAGUACAAUCUGUUCUCUCUGUGUUUUUAUAGUACAGUCAGUCUUUGAUCUAGGGCUGCACGAUAUUAGGAAAACAUGCGAUACGUUGUUGAAUAUUGCAAUGAUGAUAUGACUUAAUAAUAAUAAACAAAUGCUUGAGUA